AUGGUAUUUCUAAAGGUUUCGUCGUGGAAGAAAUUUCUGAGGUUUGGGCAAAAAGGUAAGCUUAGUCCGAGGUUCAUUGGCCCAUAUGAGGUUGCCAAACAGAUUGGACUGGUUGCUUAUCGUUUAUUGUUGCCGCUUGAGUUAGAGCGUACUCAUUACAUCUUCCAUGUCUCCAUGUUAUGGAAGUACAUAUAUGAUCCUUUUUAUGUUGUUCCUGUUAAGGAGAUCGAGGUUCGAUCUAAUCAUUCAUACGAGGAGGAACCGGUUGCGACCCUAGAUCGAAAAGUCAAUGUGUUAUGCAAUAAGACGGUUCUGUUCGUAACAGUUUUGUGCCGCAACCACAAGAUUGAGGAAGCCACUUGGGAGUCAAAAGAUGUGAUGAAAUGUUAG